CAUAAAAGAAAUUCGUGUUUUCAUAUACGGAAAAUGGUAUGUGAUUAAAAUGAUUCUAUCUUAUCUUCAAACGGUAACAACACAAGAAUGUAAUUCUUUCAACAUUAUGAUACAAGAAUCAUUGGAAAAUGCAUUGGAUUCUCUGUCACAUUAACUAUGUUGUAACACAUAACGGGUGAUAGGGUACUCUCUGUCAUAUUUAUUUAUUUAUUUUUGGAAACAUGUAUUAAUUAUUUCUUUGAGAUGGGUAGGUUUACCUUUAUAAGUUUUGAUUUUUUGAAAUGGUUAUAAGAAUAAUUCGGAACAAGACGAGUAGGGAUAAAAAUUUUAAACCCCCUGUGUGAAUGUGGGGAGUCAUAUUUUUUUUAUGCCUCUCUUGUUCAUUCUAUUUUUAACUCCUGGGUCUGCAAGCUGGACUUGAACAAGGUAGUUUACAUGAACAUCUUUGCUUAAGGUUUAUUGUUCCAAUCGGUGCAUGCUAUGGUAUUUUAAUAAAAACACUGCAUGCAAUGCUAAUGCAAGUGCCAUGCGAGUGUAACUAGAAGACAAAAAAAUGUCCGUUCGGGACCGAAGCCAAAUAAAAUUGGUCAUAUCAUGUGCCAUUGUCACCGAAGCAACUUUAACUUUCUUACCAGACCCUCCUUCCGCUAUUACCAUGUUCCUGUUUCAGAAAACUUGGCUGGUCUAUUUCUAUUUCUGUUUCUGUUUCUAUUCUAUUUUGACUCGAGAGACACGACUUGGGCAUCAAAGAAAAGUGGCAAUCAAUUCCAUGUUUUUAUUUAUCUAUUUAUUCAUGAUGUUCUGAUCGAAUCCGAAAUAGCGAGUUGUUAGUGUGCUGUGUUGAAUCAGAUAUGGCGAUGAGUGAAGUGGAGGUGAUUCACUCAUGGUCUGCUCCAAGAUCCCUCAGUACUAGUCUCAUGUAUUCUUUUGCUCAGAGGGAUGACAUUGAAGUGCUUGCUGAGCCCCUCUGUGCAAAUUUCCUACGAGUAACUGGUCUCGAUAGACCCUACAGGGAGGAGCUACUGUCCAAAAUGGAAUCUGAUGGAAAUAAGGUUAUCAAUGACAUGAUUUUUGGUCCAAGAAGGAAGAAAUAUAGAUUCUUGCAGAUUGAAGGCAAUAAUGCAAAAGCAGAUGAUGCAAUCAUGCUCGACCAAGAUGGUUAUUUAUCUGAAACCAAUGCAACUAACAUUUUCAUAGUUAAAAGGGGUCGUGUUUUGACACCCCAUGCUGAUUACUGCCUUCCUGGCAUUACACGUGCAACUGUAAUGGAGCUUGUGGUGAAAGAGCAGUUAAUCUUAGAGGAGCGCAGAAUCAGCCUGUCAAAAGUGCAUACUACUGAUGAGAUAUGGACGACAGGAACAAUGGGUGAACUAAGCCCAAUAGUGAAGGUUGAUGGCCGCAUAAUUGGCAAUGGAGAAGUAGGGCCGGUGAUUGGAAGGUUGCAAGCUGCUUAUAAAAAAUUGACAGAACAGUCUGGUAUACCUAUACCGACCUACCUUAAGACUUGAAAGCCUUCAGUUAAAGGGAGUGGGAAUUGCCAUCAUACAUUACUGAGAGCUAUGUGUGAAAUGGAUCCAUUCUCUCGGGAAUGGAUCUUCUCUUAUUUUAACAUUUGUCAUGUGAGAAAUAUAAAUAUUGAUAGGCCACCAU